AUGUAUAUUGUAAUAUUUAUAUCAGAAACCUUACGAUUUUUUGCUUGGUCAAUUGAUAACAAUACGAAAAAAGUAGAAGCACCUUCGUCAGAACAAACAAAUGGUUCUUCAACAUCAUCAUCAUCCGGUGAAGUAAAUGUUUCAACAGAUAAAGGUGAUUGGUGGUGUGAUUUACAUCGUUGUGGUCUUUUAUUACAAUUAAUUACUGUGAAGUUUUUCUGUAUCACAAAUAAAUCUACAUGUUGCGAAUGGCUUAAUCGUAUUCGUAUUCCAAUUAUUCUAACUGCUUUACGAAGUGGUCAAUAUGAAUCAGCUGCACGAAAUUUUAAUCAAUAUUUAUUGCAUACUUGUUCAUUAGGUCAAGCUGAGGCAUCGAAAUUCGAAUUUGUAAUAAUAUCAUUUGUUCAAUCACUUAUUAAACUUCAUAAUAGUAUGGCUAUUCAUGGAAUUUAUGUAUGGUUAAAAAAUAUUCAUCAACUUGAUUGGUCAUGGAUACAAGUUUGUGAACAUGAAGCUGCUGGAAAUCUUGAACAAGCAGCUUAUGAAUAUAAAUUAUUAUUAAAUGAACAUUUUAAAAGUCUAUUAAUGAUUAAUGAAAAAACAGAAGAUAAAAUAUCAGGUGGACUUGUAAAGUUUCUCAUUCAAAAAGUUUAUGAUUGUUAUUUAAGUCUUCAUCAAUGGCCUGAAUUAAUUGCAUGGAAUGAUACACAUAUUAAAAUGCAAAUGGCAUUUUUACAAGAUGAUAAUGAAGAUUUACGUACAGCUAUGGAAACAACAAUUGAUAUUAAUGCUAUUCGAGCUAUGAGUUGUUUUGAAAAUCGAGAUUUUGAAGGUUUAAAAGUUUCUAUGAGAAAAAUGCCAAAUUCACAAGCAACUGGAGAAGAACUUGGUCGAAGUAUAUCAUGUGGUUGGGAUAUGGAAGCAUUUGAUAUGUUAGCAACUGUUGAAACAUUAAAAGGAGUAUCAAAACGAAGAUCGGGUCUUUGGUCACUUAAUGCAAUACUACAAUUAACACGAAUUCAUAAUGUUGAUGAACAUGCAUCAUGGUCCGAAGAAUGA